CCUCUAGCGGUGUGUUCAGGACGUGCAGCGGCGGCUGAACACCACUUCACGUCGGCUACGGGAUCCAUAUGCUUGUCAGAGCAAGGCUUAACAAAGCAAUGGGGACUUCAGCAAACGUGCUGCUGAGAGUCUAAAAACACGCCAGUGACUAAAACGCGCCGAGACAGAACCCCCGCACACGUUAUCAGCGUUUCCUCGGCGGCGGAGAAGCUUUGACAACUCCAGCGAGAAGAAGCGAUGGAUCCGAGAGACACAGCCCCUGAUUCGUGGGAGCUGGAGGUGGACAUCGAGGCCCCGGCUGCCGCGGCGGGACUUCCGAGCGCCUUCGCCGCGCUCAACGUCAACGCCAAGCCGUUCGUGCCCAACGUCAACGCCCCGGUGUUUGUGCCGAGCUUCUUCCAAAGCAGCGCGGAGGAAAUGCCGGCGUCAGACGCCCCAAUGGAGAACGGAGGCACCGAGGCCGACAUGACCACAGAGGAGGAGACUUGGGAGCAGAAAGAGGAGCCGGGAGGAGGCGGAGGAGGUGGAGGACAGGACGACCUGGAGUCAGGAGGAGCGUGCGAGGAGGAGGACGCCACGAGAAAAGAAGAAGAUGAGGAGAUGAUGGAGGAGGAAGAGGAGGAAAUGCCUGUACCUAAAGCGGCUCCGGUACCACCUGAUGCCCCCAAGAAAGAACAUGUUAAUGUGGUGUUCAUCGGUCACGUGGAUGCUGGAAAAUCGACCAUCGGAGGACAGAUAAUGUACUUAACCGGAAUGGUGGAAAAGAGAACCCUGGAAAAAUAUGAAAGAGAAGCAAAAGAAAAGAACAGGGAGACAUGGUACCUGUCGUGGGCACUGGACACAAACCAGGAGGAGAGAGAUAAAGGGAAGACGGUAGAGGUCGGGAGAGCUUACUUUGAAACGGAGAAAAAACAUUUCACCAUCCUCGAUGCCCCCGGACACAAGAGCUUUGUCCCCAACAUGAUUGGUGGAGCGUCACAAGCUGACCUGGCAGUGCUGGUGAUUUCUGCGAGAAAGGGCGAGUUUGAGACCGGCUUUGAGAAGGGCGGGCAAACCCGGGAACACGCCAUGCUGGCUAAGACGGCAGGAGUCAAGCAUCUCAUUGUCCUGAUUAACAAGAUGGACGACCCCACUGUCAACUGGAGCCUGGACAGGUAUGAGGAGUGUAAGGAGAAGCUGGUGCCAUUUUUAAAGAAAGUGGGCUUCAAUCCUAAGAAGGACAUCCACUUUAUGCCUUGUUCUGGACUCACAGGUGCCAAUCUCAAGGAUCUUAUACCCGAUUGCACCUGGUACACAGGUUUGCCAUUUAUUGCCCAUCUGGACAGUUUGCCAAUCUUCACCAGAUCCAGCGAUGGACCAGUCAGACUACCUAUCGUGGACAAGUACAAGGACAUGGGCACGGUCAUUCUCGGGAAACUGGAGUCUGGAUCCAUCAGUAAAGCCCAGCAGUUGGUCAUGAUGCCGAACAGGCACACGGUGGAGGUGCUGAGCCUGCUGAGCGAUGACGUGGAGACCGAUGAUGCCGUCCCAGGGGAGAAUCUGAAGUUGAGGCUGAAGGGCAUCGAGGAGGAAGAAAUCCUGCCUGGUUUUAUCCUCUGUAGCCCCGACAACCUCUGCCACUCUGGUCGCACCUUUGACGCACAGAUCGUCAUCAUUGAGCACAAAUCAAUAAUUUGCCCCGGUUACAAUGCAGUCCUUCACAUCCACACGUGCAUUGAAGAAGUGCAAAUCACGGCCUUAAUCUGCAUGGUGGACAAGAAAACCGGGGAGAAGAGCAAAACACGACCACGUUUUGUUAAACAGGACCAGGUGUGUAUCGCCAGGCUCCGGGCGGCAGGAGUCAUCUGCUUAGAGACUUUCAAAGACUUCCCUCAAAUGGGACGAUUCACGCUGCGGGAUGAAGGCAAAACUAUUGCCAUUGGCAAAGUGCUGAAGCUGGUGCCAGAAAAGGACUAAAUGCGACAGUGGCAGCCUGCAUGGAGUUCUUCCACUCGUUACCAGAGGAGAAACGCUGCUAGAGCCGACCCAAACAGCUACUCUCUCUUUACACACAACUAUGCUGAAGAGACGAACCUCGACAACACGGAGCGAAGAAGGAGAAAAUUAAAAUUUGGUCAAAUGAAGAAAACAGGACUGAAUCAGUUUUUAUGAUGAACAACAUGACAGGAGAGACCAAGUCCAGUGUGUCAGCUUUCUCAUAUUGAGAGCUCAGCUAUGCCACUAAUGUAGCUACGUGUCCCCACUUCUGUACUCCCACGGCUAACGGUGCUGUCGGCAGGCCACGCCAUUUGUUUUUAGAAUGGAGAUGGAUACAGUGUUGCUUGGUUUGGGGAAGAAAAAGAAAACAAACAAUUUCAGAAUUAUUUCAUAUUGUGGAAAAGAGCAAAGUUAGCCUGUAAUUCUAAUUUGCAAAAAAAACCAACGUACAAUCCCCCCCCCCCUUUCUGAGAGCGGGAUUUAACGAUCCAAUGGAGAUUUUAUUUGGUUUUAAGGAUUGUUGUACCAAAAUGUUUUACUUUGGUCUCUCUCCACAUGAGAUGGUUUAAGUGGUCUGAGCUCACAAACAACUCUGAAUCAUGAAUCUCUGAUAAACACACUCACAGACACAGCUGUUACAUAAUCUAAACUGAAAUAAAGAUUAAGCUGCAA